UUCCCUUCCCUCCCCGAACACCACGCGUUCCAUCACAGCAAACCCCACUCGCGUUCCACCCGCGAACGUCCGGGGACCGGAGGCGGCUGCCGGGGCCGCGCACCGUCUCCCCCCGGCAGCGGCUGGACCGACGCCGGUGGGCGAAGCGCCGGGUUCCCGCCGCCGGUAUCGACAGCGACGCGCACGCACACGCACACGCACACCCACGGCUCGUGCCCGUGGCAGCUCCCUCCCCGCCGAGGGCUGCCUGGUUACCGCCGCGGCAGAGCCGCCUCCCCCGCCCCGCUGCCGGGAGCGCCCGGGCGGUCCCUAAUCCCCGCAGACCGCGGGAGCCGCCGCCGCAGCCGACAGGAGUUGCUCUGUUUGUGCUGAGUUGGCGUUCCCUGCUUCCAUUCUGGAGGAGAUGGGUCGCAAGGAAGAGGACGAGAGCAGCUCCUGGAAGAAACAGACAAGCAACAUCCGGAAAACGUUCAUCUUCAUGGAGGCCCUGGGAUCAGGCGCCUUUUCGGAAGUUUUCCUAGUGAAGCAAAGAAGCACUGGCAAGCUCUUUGCUCUGAAAUGCAUCAAGAAGUCUCCUCUCACAAGGGACAGCAGCUUGGAGAAUGAAAUAGCAGUGCUGAAAAAAAUAAAGCAUGAAAACAUCGUGACUUUAGAAGAUAUCUACGAGAGCACAACCCACUUCUACCUGGUCAUGCAGCUGGUAUCCGGGGGAGAGCUCUUUGACCGAAUUUUGGAACGAGGAGUUUACACCGAGAAAGAUGCGAGUGUGGUGAUCCACCAGGUCCUGACAGCAGUGAAGUAUCUCCACGAAAACGGAAUAGUUCACCGCGACCUGAAGCCUGAAAACCUUCUUUACCUUACUCCCGAAGAGAACUCCAAAAUCAUGAUCACGGACUUUGGCUUGUCUAAAAUGGAACAGAACGGCAUCAUGUCCACUGCCUGUGGAACUCCGGGAUACGUCGCCCCUGAAGUCCUCGCCCAGAAACCAUACAGCAAAGCCGUAGACUGCUGGUCCAUUGGAGUCAUCACCUAUAUCCUGCUCUGCGGGUAUCCUCCUUUCUACGAAGAGACCGAAUCCAAGCUGUUUGAAAAGAUUAAGGAAGGCUACUAUGAGUUCGAGUCUCCCUUUUGGGAUGAUAUCUCCGAGUCAGCCAAGGAUUUCAUCAGGCAUUUACUGGAGAAAAACCCAAACACGAGGUUCACCUGUGAAGAAGCCCUGCGGCACCCAUGGAUUAAUGGAAAUACAGCCCUUCACCGUGACAUAUACCCAUCUGUCAGCGCUCAGAUUCAGAAAAACUUUGCAAAGAGCAAAUGGAGGCAAGCCUUCAACGCCGCAGCCGUCGUGCACCACAUGAAGAAGCUCCACAUGAACGGUCACGCGGCGGCCGAAAGCGCCCUCCCCGUUACACGAGGCUCGGAGGCGUCCAGGCCCACCACACCCGCGGUGGCCACCCGGCCAGCACUGCCAAACGAAGACAAGGAUGCGUCGCUCCCGCUGGUCCCCGCGCAGGGCUGUCCACCCAACCCUCCCCCUCAGCCGGAGCGAGACACGGGAAAGAGAGAGGGGAAGGGGCAAAGCCACGCGGAGAACGGAGUGCUGCCGGAUAACCACAGCCCUCCACCCAGAACUUCUUGUGGCUGCAGCCCAGCCUGCAUAGGGCACGAGAAAAUGAAGAUGUCCUUCUGCUCCGAGACAGUGCUGCUUAAAAAAUCUGCAAAAUCCCAUCAUUUCAAAUCAGAAGUUCUUGUUCCAAUGAAAACCAGUAAACACUCUUCGCACUGUGGCACUGGGCAAACUGGCGUGUGUUUGAUCAUGUGAUGAGGAGGCAGCCACCAGGCUCCCCACAUUGCCAGCGAAACAGAAGGGCUGUUUUACUCUUUUCUGCACUUCAAAGCCAGACAUCAGCAGUGCAAGCAAGAAAGGAGGCUGUGUCCCGCCGGGAGCAGGCGGGCAGCAGCGUCUCAGAGAGCAGCGACCAAGUGGUGACGAGCAGCACGUUAGUCCCAGGAAUCCAUCAGCAGUGACCUCGGGGUGUUUCUGGAUCCUUAAAGCUGGGAGAAGGCAAGGGAAAGUCUGAGGCUACUGCUAGCAUAUUCAGUGUAUAUUAUCCAUCGCUCAGUGCUACAAGCUUUUGUUUUCUGUAUCCUGUUUAGUUGCCCAAUACAUAAGUGCACUGCACAAGGUAAAUCCUAUAAACCAAAGCCAUGCAGAGUUUUACUCAAUGGCAGGUCAGUUAUUUUUACAAUCUUCACCCUAUCCACUCCUUGGGUUUUGGUUAGUCCCAGGCUUCGGCGCUCUCAAGUUCAGCAUCCACCAGCUGCCCAGGCUGCACAGUUCUCACUUCAGCUACAAAAGGAGAGACAACCUGCUAGCAACCUCCAUAUGUCUGAUAAUAAUCACAGCAAGGUUUAAGUUCCCUGCUUCCCAGUCUGUAAUUGCACAAUAAAUACUUGCUUAAUAAAGCUGAGUUUUGUUUUGUAAA